AUGUCUCUGAAAUCAAGAGCCGAAAAACCGACCAGCGUCCUCGCCGUCGACCAGCUUUGGAUGUGGGUAAUCGAUGAGGACGUCAAAGAUGGCUUUCAGUGGCCUUCCUCUGUCUGGUCCAUGAUGGAGUUUCUCCUUGGCAUUGUCAAUGGACCGCUUUUGCGAAAGGUGCCUGUUAUGGGAAACAAACAAUUCCGCGAGUCGGUCAGGCAGGUGGACGAAAUCCAGACUGAAAUUUGUCGUAACUUUAUGCAGUCUGUAACGACUCGCCAGCGUUUAUCCCGGCAGUGGGACGUGGGCAUGGAAUUCCAACUUCUCUUCGGCAUCAAAAAAUUCAGCGACGGGCUCAACAUCUUGACGGCAUUGGCUAAAGCCUAA